ACUCAUCUGAACCUGAACUGAACGCUCAUUGGCUGAAAAAGAUGGAGUCAGAUGACGCAUUAUUUCCGGGUGCAACAGCACACACUUAAGGUAACUGUCGGUCAUUUCGGAAACGGUUUGGCAGCGGGGAGCGUGAACAGGAUCCCGGCACAUGAGGUUGUGAUUUUGGAGUAAGUCUUCUCUUAGUAUCUUUCUAAACUUUGGCCCCACGACCUUCAGCCGGACAAACACACCUCCUUUAUCUAAGCCUUGGCCUGGUCCCUUCAUCGUCCAAUCUCCUUUUCAACAGACGCGAGUCUGAACAUGGACCUAAGCACCGUUCUGCUGUUUCCAGUACAUGCACUGGUAUGGCUGUACUCCCUUAUAAGUUUUCUGCCAUGGUAUUUCCUAACGGGAGCUCAAGAGAAGAAAGUCCAAGCAAAGAGACUCAAAUCCAAGUCUACCGCAGGCCAGACAGAUGGGCCCUAUCGAUCUGUGGAUCACUUCGAUUCUCUGGUAACAGUGGACUUCCCAGGAAAAGAUACGCUUGAUAAGCUUUUCGACUAUGCCGUGGAGCGUUUCGGUAAUGCAGACUGUUUGGGAACUCGAGAAGUUCUGAGUGAAGAAAAUGAGACCCAACCAAAUGGGAAAGUCUUCAAAAAGUUAAUUCUUGGUGAAUAUAAGUGGUUGUCCUACAAUGAGCUGGAUGUUGAGAUCACUCAUUUUGGGAGUGGACUGGCAGCAAUCGGGCAGCAACCAAAAAGCACCAUUGCUAUUUUCUGCGAGACACGAGCGGAGUGGAUGAUCACUGCUCAGACCUGCUUUAGACGCAAUUUCCCAUUGGUCACCUUUUAUGCUACUCUUGGAGAAGAUGCAGUAGCAUUUGGAUUGAACGAGUGUGGUGUCACACACCUUGUUACCAGUGCAGAACUGCUCGAAACUACACUAAAGGGCGUUCUUCCUCAAAUCCCCAAUCUGAGGCACAUCAUCUAUGUGGACAAGAAGCCUAUCAGCGCUACGGGAUAUCCACCAAACAUACAGAUCCACAGCAUGCACUCUGUGCAGCAGCUCGGUGCUAAACCAGAAAACUUGAGCAGAGAAAUAGUCAAGCCCGUUCCUUCAGACCUCGCUGUUAUAAUGUAUACCAGCGGCUCUACUGGCAGACCUAAAGGGGUGAUGAUCAUGCACAGUAACCUCAUCGCUGGGAUGGCAGGCCAGUGUGAGAGGAUACCUGGUUUGGGCCCGAAAGACACGUAUAUCGCUUAUCUUCCUCUGGCUCAUGUGCUAGAGAUGACUGCCGAGAUUUCAUGUGUGACUUAUGGCUGCAGGAUUGGCUAUUCCACUCCACAAACCCUGUCUGAUCAGUCAACCAAGAUUAAGAAGGGAAGUAAAGGUGACUGCUCUGUGCUGAGACCUUCCUUAAUGGCUGCCGUACCUGAAAUAAUGGACCGGAUCAAUAAAAACGUCAUGAGUAAAGUGCAGGAGAUGAGCUGUGUGCAGAGGACCCUGUUUAAACUGGCUUACGACUACAAGCUUGAACAGAUCAAGAAGGGUUAUGAUGCACCCCUUUGCAAUAUGCUAUUUAAGAAAGUGAGGGCUUUGCUGGGCGGCAAUGUGCGCAUGAUGCUCUCUGGAGGAGCUCCUCUGUCUCCUGCCACUCAGCGCUUCAUGAACAUCUGUUUCUGCUGUCCUGUUGGUCAGGGUUAUGGUCUUACUGAGACCUGUGGAGCAGGAACUAUUACUGAAGUUGCAGAUUAUAGCACUGGACGAGUAGGAGCUCCUCUGAUCUGCUGUGAGAUCAAACUUAAAGACUGGGCAGAAGGUGGCUACACAAAGCAUGACAAACCUCACCCACGUGGUGAGAUCCUCAUCGGUGGUCCUAAUGUGACCAUGGGAUACUACAGGAUUGAUGCUUCUAAAACUGAGGACUUUUAUGUGGAUCAGGCAGGGCAGCGAUGGUUCUGCACUGGUGAUAUAGGAGAGAUGCAUCCUGAUGGUUGUCUUCAGAUUGUUGAUCGCAAGAAGGACCUCGUAAAACUUCAGGCAGGCGAAUAUGUGUCUUUAGGAAAAGUGGAGUCGGCACUGAAGAACUGCCCUCUUAUUGACAACAUCUGCGCAUACGCUAACAGUGAUCAGAACUAUGUUAUCAGCUUUGUUGUUCCCAAUCAAAAGCAACUCACAGCUCUUGCCCAUCAGAAAGGCAUCGAGGGCACAUGGGAAGAGAUCUGCAAUCAUCCAGUUAUGGAGAGAGAAGUUUUAAGAGCAAUUAAAGAAGUUGCAAAUUCAAUUAAACUCCAGCGUUUUGAGAUACCAGUCAUGGUCCAUUUGAGUCCGGAACCUUGGACCCCUGAAACAGGCCUAGUGACGGAUGCAUUCAAAUUGAAGAGGAAGGAGCUGAAGAACCACUAUCUCACCGACAUUGAAAGAAUGUAUGGCCACAAGUAGGACCUCUAUCACAGCCAAAGACAUCUCCAUUAGGCCCUCACCCUGCAAAAUUGCUGUUGAUCAAUGUUUAAAAAAAAAAACUUUGAAACAGUUUCAACACUGCCAUUGCUUAGUGUAAUGCACACAAAUUUUUGAAGACUGAAAAAUGAACUUUUUUUAUUCCUGAUAAAUUAAGAGAAGUUAUGUGAUAUUUUCAUUUGGAGCACUGUAGUCUUUCUGCUGUGAAAUGGUUUACAAUGGAGUCAAUAUUCAGCUUGUCCAACAUAACCAAUUUCUCCUUUCGGUAUAACAAAGGAGUCACUUUACUUGUAAAAAGAUUGCAACCAUACAACAGAGAUAUACUGCCUUCACCUUGCGUUUUUUUUUUUUUUACUGUGUCUGAAAUGUAUUCUUGAUCUGCUCUGGACAUUUGUUUAGUUUAAUAGAUGUUUAAAGCAUAAAUUGCUAGCUGAAGUUAAGUCAUUGCAGUUUUGCCUAAUGUUAUGGGCAAGUAAUUUAUACUGUAUAGUGAUGUUUUGUGCCUUCUGAUUGGUCACUGUCUUCAGUAUUCUCUAUUGGUCAUAAGAAUUUCUGUGCUUCAUCCACUUAGUACACUAGGAGCUUGUGCUUUCAUAACGGUUACAAUUAUAUAACAUUUUGGUUUUCGUUGUCGGUAAGAUUAACUAGCCGUUUACUUGUUCAGAGUUUUUUUGUUUUACUAAUUUGCACAUUUGUUAAGUAGAAUGACUCGGGACAAACAAAGUGGUUUGUUGCUAUUACUGUAUACUGACAACUUAAAUGAAGGGAACACUUUGAAGGAUAUGUUUUAAGCCACAGGGGUAAAGGUUGCAUUUCAGCUGUAUCAUCUUUUUGUAUGGUUUUAAUUUUUUCAUGUUGACCAUGUCAUGGAAGUAUUUCCAAUUUCCAUUUGUUUUAAUGUCACAUGUUCUCAUAUUGGUUACAAAUUAAUGGUUUAAUUUACUAAUAACUCUUAAUAUGCCAUCUAUAUAUUUUUUCCAUUAAGUGGAAAUUUUUGGGAUUCAUAUGAAUUUUGCUCUCCACAAUCCUUACCAAUUAGCAUUGCACUCAUUGUAAUUUAUUUGGUCAGAAAUGUGCAUUUUACUCAUUUAACCCUUGUUUAAUUUAUUUCUGAAAAGGUAUGAUUGUAUAGAUACUGUAAUAUUUUGGUGUACCAAAUGUUUGACUGAAGAAAAAACUGUUCAUUGUAAGUUUAUUUAUAAUUAUUUUGUCAUUUGCACUAUUUUUUCAGGGAUUUUAGCAGUUGUUAAAUUAUUAGCCAUUAAGCCAACAAAUAGCAGUCACUUCAUCCCUUUUAAAUAUUAUUUUCCCACACAGCCCUCAGGGUUCAGUGUCCAUAAACAAGAUUAUACAGUGGUAAAGUGUUUGAAUUUUGGAAAUAUGUGAAUUUGCCUGUGGUGUGUUCUGAUGAAUAUUUAUUUGGAUUGUUUUUCAUUGUAGGUCACUGUAUUAAUAUAUGCUUAGAAAAGUAAAAUGGUUUUCUACUCCGUG